UACUCUGCAGCCAAUCUUUGUUGUACCCAGGGACACACCCUGGAAAGAACCAACUUAGGGGAGAUGACUUAAGGACGGUGCCUACUAUAAGGGGCUGUUUAUAUGGAGCGAGCCAGCCCGCUUGAUUGCUUCAAGUUCCCUCCUCUUCGGGAUUUGAUGUAAACUUCACUCUAAAACCCGAACUUUUAGCACAUGAACUGCAACCAUAACCUGAUGCCACAUUGUUAAAAUCGUCAGGUAUCACAACACCAGCAAAAUGUCAGAGAUUAUUGACUGCAUGGUUUUUAUUGUCCAGAAGACCUGCUGGAGCUUAUGGAAAUUUACUGAAUUUGUAGGCAAAAGAAUUUUGGAUCUUUUGGGUCUUGUGUUCAAUAUCCUGGCAUGCUUGACCGUUAUCAGGUUACCAUGUAUGAUACAGCAGUUCUUACAUAUGGAAGAUAUUUCUCAGUGGAGAUACGUUGGGUUUGUGCAGCUCAUAAUCUUUAUCAUGGACAUUCCAGUAAUUAUAAUGGGUCUUAUCUCACUUGUAUUAACAAUGGGAUUUGUACUUAUCCCAUUCCUAAGAAAAGUAAAAAAGAAGGGUGUCAAGUGUGACUAUACUCAUCAAGACGAUGAUAUAUUCUUUGGAGGGUUCAUGUUGAGAAAGAUUGUAGUUGGUUAUUUUGUCCGAGUGAUGUGUGACAUCUUUUGCAUUCCACUGGGGCUGAUCUGCCUUUGUUCUUGGCGUGGUCCCACUCUGAUUCGCAAGAUCAAGAAAAAGAAGAACUGGGAAGACCUUGGAUGGAGAAAAGUAUGCAUUGUACAGUUUUUUCAUCUUGUUGUUGAUAUUCCUUGUUUGGUCUGUGGAAUUCUACUCAUGGUAACAUGGAGAGGACCAUAUCUAAUCUAUGUAUUAUACAAAAGAAAGGAAGAUAACGACUUCAGUUGGAAUGCAGACAGGUUUGAGGUCUUCCUUCAACUCUUCCUUCUCUUUACUGACCUUAUCUUCUUGUCCAUAUUUUUGGUCACCAUGAUAACGUGGAGGGGUCCACUGUUGAUAUAUGAACUAGUUGAAUAUAGAAAUGAACCUCACAGCGUUGAUGAGGACGAAGAUGAAUGCAUACGUGUGAAUUCUGAUUGGGUCAUAAAAUACAUGAUUGCAAAGCAUGCCACUUUGAUAUUUGUGGAUAUUCCCUGCAUAAUAUGUGCACUUAUAGUGAUGGUAACCCUGUGGCGUUUUCCAAGCUUUGUGAGAAAUUGCACCAAGGAUGAGUGGGAGCUACGAAAAAACUGCCUUACACAGUUUGUGUUACUGUUGAUCGACUUUGUCUUUCUGUUGCUGAAUAUUUUAUGCCUUAUCUUGUCAGUUGUUGUCUUAGCAACAUUAUGGAGAGCAUAUCCUCUUAUUAAAGACCUGAAAAAGUACUUCAAACAGAGAUCUGAAAUUCCUCAAACUCCUGUCAACGAAAGCGAACAACAGAAGAAAGAGAGGAAGAAUCUCAGAAAUAAAAAUUCAUGGAAGAUUCGUAAAGCUGCUUUCAAGCAUUUUGGAUUUUUGUUUAUAGAUAUACCAGCCAUUGCAGCUUGUGUUCUCAUUUUGGUGACCCUAGUACGUUUCCCAAAGUUACUUUCCAAACUCUUACAAGCUGGGGAUUUCUACAUGGAGUUUGCUCUUAUAUCAUUCGGUCAGCUGGUCAAGCUAAUAGUGGACGUGGUCUUCAUUUUGCUGUUCAUAGUUCUCAUGAUCAUGAGGCCCAUACAAUCUUGGGUUCAUCUUCUAGAAGACGAAGAGCACCGUAAGAUGCGUUUGUUACGCUUCUACAUGCAGUGGGUUCCAGAUAUCAUUGACAAGCGCCACACUAUACGUCGCAAAAUGGAAGAAGUCUUUUCCCAAAGCCUCAAAAACAAGUCUCCUCCAUUCAACAUCCAUGUGGAACUUUCUAUCAUAAAUGCGGAGUUCCUCAAGGAUCUGGACUGGGUCCGUUCAAAAAUAAAAAAGUACGAGCUUGAUGACCAGUAUGAUUACCUUCUUCAUAUGAUUCAGUUUUACGAGGGAAAAAGAGCUUACAAGCUGCAUCGUCUCUAUCUCUGUGAGCUGAACUACUUACACUGUGCAAACUCGGCAGUUCACAAUGAAAACCUCUUUAAAUACAGAAACGAAAUGAUUGCUUUUGAGCACAAGGUCGAUUCAGCUAUUCGUGAACUGAAAGACUUUAAAGUCCAGAAAGUGCCUCUGUGGACUAAUGAAAGUGGGCUGAGGACACGCACGCGUCAGGAAACACAACAAGUUCUCAUCAAGUGCUUGCCAAGCGGCCGGUUUCUCCUUACGAUCCUCAUAAUCCUGAAUUUACUCUUGAUCUACCGUGGACCUGCUUUAAUUCGUAACCUGUGUCGCCGAUGGUACGACAGAAAAAAAAUCGUGUUCAAAAAUUUGCGCGAGUACUUGAAGGAUUUUGUUACCGUGGUCAUCAUUCUAUUGGUGCUUCUGACCGUUUACCGUGCGCCUUUCCUGCUUGUGGAAGUAGCCAAUGAUGUUAUCUCGAAACGAAGCUGGAACGCAGUGCGAGAGACAGUCCGUCGCUACCCACCUAAGUUUGCCCAAGAUCUUGUGGACUUGAUGGUGACACUGCUCAGUUGGAAGUCAAUACGUUUUGUCUUUACUGCGACGUUAUUCGGGAUCCUAAUGCCUGCUGAUUUAUUUUUGAGGGUCAUGAAGUUUGCAUUCAAGAACACUUUCUUCGCUAUCCUAAGCACCGUGAUCCUGUAUUUUGUGUUUUUUGGCUUUCCGUUUGUUUUGACCUUCAAAAUGGCCCCAUCUUUCCUGGAACUCUCCAAUGGUUUAGCAAUCACUGUAUCAAUUGGAGUUUUUGGAAUCCUCCUUCUUUUAAUCCUCAUCAUUGCUUCUAUUUUGACCUUCAAACACCGUGAGAGUUCCUUUUCCAUACGACCAAAAGCAUACGAUUACGUCCGCUUCAACUGGACCAAUGCACAUGCUUUAAUCUUUGAGUUCGUAGAGUUUCUCCAGCUGCUGGCACUUGUCUUCGUUGUGUCUGAAAUUCCUAUGUACGGCGCCGCGACACUUAACAAAGCUUCCCAAUAUCUCUUACUCAGUUUUGCUACGUUUGAAGUCAAAUUCUGGCUGACGAUUAUCCUGUUUAUUUUAUGGUUUUUCUGCUGUGGACUUCCUGUCAUACUCGAACAAGUCCUGGAAACUUUUGACGAGGGAACGUUUGCUAAACAGGUUUCGUGGACACUGUCAGUGUCGUUAUUUACAAACACUCUUUUUGUGACGUUCUUUGAGAGUUUUCUCUCGUUCGUCGCCUGCAAAUACGACAUCGGAUGCACACCUGUCGACCAGAAUUUUACUGGGAAUGCCACAAAUCUUACCAGCUGUCCAAGUGCAGUCCUUUACGAUGAUCAAAGUAUACAAUGUUGGAAUGCCUCUCACCAAGGAGUUGCUGUAUUUGGACUUCUUGCUCUUGUGUGGUACACUACUACGGCUGUCAUCUUUGGCACUCGCUACGGGGACUCUGACCACCCUAGUCUUGACUUGAAGUUUUCUCCAGUUUAUAACGUCCUUAUCAAUUUUGCCAAAGCGCUAAUGGUCGGAUUGGCAGUCCUUGCUGUUGCUAACCCCUAUUUCGUGUUUGGAAGCCUAAUAUUUGUUAACAUGGUUGCCUUGAUCUUCACCCUGCAAUUCAGGAAAUUCAUUGGGUUUAAUUUAUCGAACUCUUUUGUUCUGAUUUUGUGGCGAAUCGUCUCAUUCGUCUCUGCUGCCAUCGCGGCUGUGUCAGCAAUUAUUGCAAAGGUGAUGAACGACCCCACCUCUAAAGCACCACUGUUCGUUUUCCUUGCUGGAGUUGGCGUCGUUCUCGUUCUCGCUGUUAUUAUAUCUAUAACCAGGAUUGUGAGGCGAGCCCUGACUCCAAUGGAACACAAAAGAAAAGAGUUCCGAACUUGUUUAAGGCAGCUUGAAGAUAAACUCGUCCGUGAUAACUACAUGGUCAAUUCAUGGCACAAGAACAGAAAGAGAUGGAGACGUUUGGUUCGCCAUGUUUACGAAGCGCAGAAAAAUGAUGAUAAAAACAUUUCCGAUAGAACUGUGGAACUUCCAGCCGAAAUGUCACCUCCACCGAUAGCAGACAUUCAAAGUCGUUCUCGACACUCACUUGUUCCUGAGUUGGGAAUGACAUUUUCAACUGAUGUGACACAAAACCUUCCUCCCCCUCCCACGUAUCAGGAACUUUUUCCAAAUAUCAUGGGAUCGCACGACGGAAUGCCGCCUCCGCCGCCAUAUUAUGCACAACAUGGCCAAAGUGAAUUGGUUCCCAUAAAUAGUCCUCCAUCCGGAAAAAGUACUCCAGAAAACACAGCAGUCAAUGAAGAAGCCCCUGGUCAAAAUCCUGCUGAAGAUAAACCUGGAGAGACGAUUUCAUCCGAUUUUAGAGUUAGCGUGAGUGACGAUGCUGGUUUGAAGAACUCUCUCGUAGAAGAUGAGGGUGAAAUUACUUCGUUUAGCGAUACAAAAGAAGUAAAACUUGACAUAGACAAGGGUACCGAAGAGGAUGAAGAGCCCCACGAGGUCCAGGUUGAACUCUCUUUACCUGAGACCGGUGAGGGAGCUAGAGUUGAAUCAGAUGAAGCUAAAGAGUCGCCGGCCUUUACCGAAGAUUCUGAUUUUGAUCAAGAUGAAAAUAAAAACACUGAUGAUACAAAGGUGGAAAGAUCCAUUCAGCAGGCAGCUGCACCUUUACCUGCAAACCAAUAUUCUGAAUUACAGGAUGUCACAGAAACCCAAAUCGACAGCAUAUUAUUCCUGCAAUCGCAAUUCCGCACAGAUGGGGAAAGACGAAAGGAGUCUGAUCCAGUCCUUUCUUUGGAAUGCAACGGUAAAAAUCUGUUACUUGUUCUUGAGGAACACAUCCACUAUUCCGCCUUCUCUUUUUCCUUCAUUACUCAAAUCCCAAUGUGGAGGCACUCCGUUGAAAACGCGGAUUGGACACAGUUGGUGGAAUGUCUACGCAUUCUAGAAAGCAAUCUAAGUUUCACUUUUAACUCCCCAACUCGUGUCGAUGUUGCAUGUGCGGACCAGCACCUCCCUUUGUUGCGGCUCCCCCCUGAUCCCGACCAGGUGCCACUUCCGGUUUUUGUUCCAGAGCCACGUGACCCAGAAGAGAUCCGUGCCUUGGCAGAUGCUGAAAGAUCCCGUUGUCUCCAAGACGUUGCAACCCUUGAACCACCAGGAGACAAAUGGGCAGUUAUUCUUGAUAAAAUUCUUCCCACCAAACCCGUUCUUAAAAAGUGGUUUUGGGACAGCGAAAGUCAUGAAUUUGCUUUGUAUUUUCACCGUGGAAUCCGUGGGACCAUCACCGAUGUGGGCCCAAGAGGCCUUAAACUGGCAAAAGGAGCAUCAAUCUCCAUUUCUAAGGUCAUUAAAGGACACUUCCCAAUUUCUAGACGAAUAACCUUCCAGAAAGGUUUCCAGCCCAAGGGUGGUAAGGGUCCAGUUUCAGUCACUGUAAGUGAGCUCGGAAUCCUUGAAAUGCCAGAAAAGACGUACAUUACUGCACAGGACAAACGUUUAGCUCUUGAUAAGGCAUUGGAUUGCCUUCAUGAGAUUGCAUGGAAGUGAAUAUUCAGAGGGUAUACAUCCUUUAAGACAUUGGACUGCUGCUGGUUCUGGUCAGUGAUAGGUUAUUGCCACCAGAAACAUUUGUUCACCUUCUAAAAUACAAGUUUAAGGACGACGUUGAGGUCUAACAAACAAAGCAGGAUUUUCAUUAAGUUUUAAAACAAUAGGAAAAGAUCAUCAGAUACCGGAGCUUCCUGAGAAGUCGCGAGCUUGUCUGGGACCAAUGGAUCUUUCUCAAAAUUAUCUUGAAGGCGAGGCUAACAUGGAAUACAAAAGGAAUGUCGCAAAUACCAUCGAGAAAAAGAGUGAUUUCUUUUGUAUUUCCAUGUUUGCUGUUAUUUUAAUUGAUGGUUUUCGCGGUGGGCAUGUUGGAGGAACUUAACAAAAGAAUUGUCAAUGAAUUCUUUUGUUAUAUCCUCCAACAUGGCCGCCCAAUAGAGCUUUAUGUAACCAGGUCCAGUACUGCAGUCUACGUACGAACUAGCGACUACGAAUACAAUUCGCGUUAGUCUUCAAAAAGUCCCUUAAUAUUACCAAUGUCGUUACCUAUCUAUCUUUGAACGUUGGAAACUAGGGUGAAAUGGCGAUUCACCGCCACAUAACUUUAAUAGUCUUGUGCAGGAUCGUAUAGUGCAAUGCUAGUGUACCGUUACAGGCCUUCAAUUUGACCACAUUGAGCUGCGUCAGAAGUCCAUGAUAACAGAGCUGAAUUCUUCGCAAUCCAGCAUCGGUGCUGCAAGAACGGAAAAAAUAACACCCACAUACGGCUUCUAGUGAUUAUGGUGCUAGCAUAGCCGUUUGCAUGAUGGCGUUGUUAUGUUGCUACCACUACCAGAAUGCCAGCCUUUUUCUAGUUGACUGAACAAAGCAAAGUGUGUAAGGCCUAGGGCAAAAGUCGAACUUUCCAUGCACCGAACUCAUUAAAAACAAUGGAUAUCAGGUGAUAAUGAGGCGGCUUUCUUUGAUGUAAUUAAGUUCGGUGCAUGGAAGGUUCGACGUUUGCCCUAGGCCUAAGAGAUUCUGACAGUGGUAGUAAAGGACUGCAUUUUCGUUCAGUCGUGAAGCAUUCAGCUUUCUAUUUCAAGUUUAUAAGAUUAAGUAAAAAAAGAGAGAGAUCGGAUUCUUAGUGUUUAGUGUUGUACGUUGUCACACAAUUCGACGUCACCUAGGUCAUUUGUUUCUGUUUUAUCUACUAUUUGUUUCAAAGAUCUGACUGUGUGAUACGUUAUUUUAAUUGACGAAUGUUAAUGUUGGAGUCACGUGAUUAUGAAAAUUUAUAGUUAGAUGGAAAUUUAUAGUUAAAUGGAAAAUUAGAAAACAGCCGCAGUUUAUUACGUAAAAAAAUGUCAGUAUACUAUGCAUGCAUGACAGAUAAAACAAGAAGUCCUGCACAGAUCUUAGCCAUGACUUUCUCGUAGCAUAAUUAAUCAGUGAGUUUGCACAAUACUGUUGUUCACUCACGUAUUUUGAUUGGAUACGAGUUUGUGCAAUGCAAUAUAUAUAUACCAAAGGUAGACCACGUAUUUUUAUUGGAUAUUAUAAAAUAACUGUUAUGAA